AUGGCGGACAGUCCUGGUGGCUAUGGCGGUGGCAGCGGCAGCCACGAAAACGGUGGAGACGGCGGGGGUGAUCAGAGCCCCAAGUCCAACGUGCGCGAGCAGGAUCGCUUCCUCCCGAUUGCAAACAUCGGCCGUAUCAUGAAGAAGGCCCUGCCUACCAAUGGGAAGAUCGCUAAGGAUGCAAAGGACACUGUUCAAGAAUGCGUGUCCAAAUUCAUCAGCUUUGCCACCAGCAACGGCGGGGCCCGGCAAAUGACGAGGUACUUCGGCAGAGGGAUAACGGCGGCGGUCGUUUUGUUCGAGGCGGCGGAGGCGGCGAUUUCAGGCGUCGCGAGGGACGCUGGGGUCGUGACCGUGCCUUCGAGGAUGACGACGGAGAGUGGCGGCCUUUUCGCCCAGGGUUUCAUGAGGAUGGUCGUCACUUCGUUGACGAUGAGGAUCGUGACGGAGACGGCCGUGGGGUACCGCACCGACGUGACGGCAAGCGCCCGAUAG